CUCGACUGGGUACAGAGUUGUGCGACUUGCACAAAUUGCUAUCCAGACCUGGGCAGUUAUACUCCUCAUUGACCAGAUACAUCUUGCAUCGAGAUUGGCCCGCCAUGGAAACGCUCGCAGGUCUGGCACCCGCCAACCUGUUCAACCACAUCAUCGUAGUCUUUAGCAAGCCCAUCAUCAAACCUGAUGGCUCUCUCAAUCUCGUCAAAGCGGCUCUCUUUUCCUGUACACUCAGUGCGGGUGUCUCCAUCUACAGCAAAUACCGUCAACUCGCCUAUAUGAACACCCCGGCUUAUCGGCCCCCAAUCGAAACGAAGACCAAGGAAUCGAAAGAACCCUCCGAUUCGACAACCAGGGUCGAGCAGAUCAAACACAAAUUCCGAUAUGAGAUCUUACUACAGGGCAUCCAGUUGUCGACUAGCUAUGGAAUGUUACUCGGAGGACUGGACAAGCUGUGGAGUUUCGCUAGCAAUACCGCUGGAAGACUCGUUCGGUCGCCUGACAGCUUCGGAGGUCGUCUCAUCUCCAACGCCGUUUUCACCUUCGCCAUCCUCCACCUCAACUUCCUGAUAAGUGCGGCCGUACAUCGGCUCUACUCCCGCCUGACCUCGGAAGUCGACGAUUCUUACAAGAAAGAUCGGGACGUCCUGAUCACCACGUUCGCCAACGUCUGGUACAUGAAGAACAAGGAGAAGAGGGAAAGGGUACUCAAAUGGCCUGAAUGGAAGAAGAACGCCGGGACCUUCGGUCUCUUUGGUUUGGUGGUGGGUUUACCCUGUGUAGCGUUGACUGGGCUGUACGAAUGGCUAGGCCCCGGAAGGGUCGAACCUAUGGCCAUGAGCGUAGGAUUGAUCGGGAUUAGUAUCGUGACCUUGAUCAACGGCCCUAUCUUGUGGAAACGGAUCAAGGACAAAGACGCCUAUGCGAGAAAGUCUACGAAAGAUCCUAGAAAAGGAGCAGUCUGGCCGACACUUGCUGAAUGGGCUGAGAAGAAGGGACUAUCGUUCGACGUGACGGAAUUUGAAACCAAAGUCCGGGCGAUGGUCGCUAUGAGUGAUGAGCAUGCGGGCUCGGUAGAAUUGGUCGUCCGGCCUGAUAAUUGGGAAAAGGAGGACGAAGAAACCUCGGAAUCGUGGAAAGCCCUAGAAUCUCACUCGGUUGCCUAUCUUCCCGAGACAUUGUUGAUAUGCUUGAAAGAACACCAGCUAGAGUCGAGAGAUUUGACUUACAACCUGGCUCUAGUCUCCCGAGCGGUAGUCACUAGAGGCUAUAUGAAGCACUUCUACCUCGGCCAAGGUGUCGGUCUCCUAAGCGUUUCAUUUUUCGCCAUCCUCCACCAUUUCUACGCCAAGAACCCUUCGCUCUUGUUAGACGUUUUCCCCUCCCUCCCAGCCACUUCGACCAUGCACAUCCCUCUGGCAGUCUCGCUCACCAUGACCAACUACCUGACCGAGUGGACAAACGUCUUGUUGGGGCUGGAGAGACAUCAUGAACGCAUGAGCAUCUUGCGGGACGAUCGACGAGUUCAAAAGCUCUUGCCCGACGAUAAUUCCGACGGCUGGACCCAGGUCAUACGAGAAGAAGCCCGGGUGUUCUCAGAGCAGCUGAAUGGGAAGCCGGUGGACAUGGACCUGGGAACCCUCGAUGGGAUCUAUACGCUCGUCAGCGGGAGGUUGCCAUCCGAGACCGAGAGAAUCGCCGCUCUUCAGAAACAGCUAUGAUUAACCGUACCAGGUCGUGUGUUGUAUUUGUUCGACUCCAUACCACUGCUCUCGUACUUUGCCCAGUUCUAUCAACUCGAUACGUCCAGC